AUGUCCGCGAUACUGUACUCGCUAGAAGCCGCCACCUGCGUUGCUAUAUGGGAAUACCAAGCCAAUACGGUGCAGAUAUAUUCAGAGCCACCGAAUCAUAAAAUAAAGAAUAAAUUGGUGCAAACACAGAAAAAAUGGCUCGAUGAUAAGGAACGUUUGCUUGAUGAAUCAAGGGCCAUAUUCAAGCGGGAAACAUACUUGAUAGAACGGCUUCAACUUCGAGAAGACCGAAUGGCAAAGGGCGACAUUGAUGCUGCUGGACCAGAUCCGAGUAGCACGGCGAGACAUCUCUAUGAGCUUCAGUUCAAGAUUCGACAGAAUUGGCGUGAGCUUGCGGACUUGCUGGAUCGAUAUUGCGACUGA